AACCAGUCUAACAACAAAAUCACUUGCGGCAUAUGUUUCCGACUCGCAAGUUUUAAAUAAAUAGUAUUUUCUGGUAUUUUGUGGUUACAAUAUAUACCUUAGGCUCUAUUCGAGCCAACAGAACAAGGAUAUUCAAUAGCAGAUAGGAAGUUUGAACUAUAGCAAAGAUGGCUGAAACUACAGAAGUUCCAACCAGCUCUCCUACUGACCUUCUUGCUGCUGGCCGCCGCGAUCUGGCUGUUCGGGAGUACACUUCUGCAGUUGAAAGUCUGGCAAAGGCUUGUGAAUUACUUGCUAAGGAACAUGGUGACACUGCAGAUGAAUGUGCUGAGGCUUAUUUAUGGUAUGGAAAAGCUCUACUUGGAUUAUCAAGGGAAGAAAGUGGUGUCCUUGGGGAUGGAAUGCCAGGAACAAAGAAUGGUGAUGAGGAAGAAGGUGACAGUGAAGAACAGGAGGAAAAUGCUGAUGUAGUACCAGAAAAAGAUGAAAAAGGUCAAGGAGAUGAGGCUGAAGCUAUGGAUUCGGAGCAAACAGUUGAAUCAACAAGUCAAGAGGAAGCUUCAUCUUCAAAGGACAUGGAACAACCUGGUACAUCAAAUGGUGAUGUAAAUGAUGAAUCAAUGGCAAAUUUGGACAAUGAAGAUGAUGUAGAUAAUCUUCAGCUUGCUUGGGAAAUGUUAGAUCUUGCACGAAGCAUAUUGGACCGCCGUGCGCAGUCAAACGCAGAGGGCGCUCGCUCUCUGUUAGCAGAUGUACACCUCACGUUAGGAGAAGUUGCAUUGGAAAGUGAGACAUAUGACAAGGCCGUCAUUGAUAUGAUGAGCUGUUUGGAGAUUCAAAAGGAGCUGUACUCGAGUGACGAUCGACGCAUCGCAGAAACUCAUUAUCAAAUUGGUCUGGCCAAUUCUCUGGCCUCGAACUUUGAAGACGCCAUAACGCACUUUAAAAAUGCAGCGAACAUUCUAGAAUCUCGUAUUAAGUCACUAGAGGGUCCGGAACCCACUGACGCAGCGCAAGCCGAGAUCAAAGAGCUGAAGGAACUAUUACCCGAGAUACAAGACAAGAUUCAAGACAUGAUGGAGUACAAGGCAGAGACCAUAAGAAGGGUGCGAGAAGCCCUGUUCCCAUCGAAUGGUGCAACAUCAUCACAGAGCAACGGAGCCAGCUCAUCAUCAGAUGCCAAGAAACCGGCCGCGUCAGACAUUUCCCACCUUAUCAAGAGAAAACGUAAACCUAGCGAAAGUGAGGAACCAGCAUCGAAGAAAAAGAGCACAUAAAAACAGAACUCAACCACUAAAAAUGGACUUGACAAGUUAGACAUUAACUCUUCUAUAUAUAAAGAAAUUGCUUUCGAAAAAUCAAAAAAGAUUCAUAAAAAUUGGUUAACAUCUCAAUUGAAACGUUUGUUACGUCUGACCUUAAUAAUAACAAUAUUCGUAUAUAAAUGUUAAUUGCGUUUUUAUAGUACAUUUUUAGCAAUUCUACACAGUUCAUCAUAAAAUUCUAUUAAUAUUGUCUUUCAAGGGUUUGAGGUUGUGUAUAUUUUGACUUUUGUUUAAACGCAAUUCGCCCUAUUAGUGAAAAAAAUUAUUAGGUACUCGGUCGCGACCUCGAACUCUCGAAUGAUUAGGUCAAUCUCAUGGCCAAGACCGCGCGAUUUAUACUAAAAUUAAUUAGCUAAUUUAAAAAAAAUAUUGUAAUACAAUUCAAUACAGAAUUAAGAUAGCAUUGUUUUGAGGAGAGGACAGGUAUACAUUUUUCAUGUUAUUUUGUAAUUAUUUACUAGAAUAUAAGUAUUGCGCAAUUGACUUAUCUUACAACCUCCGAAAUUCAGUUAAAUUUUCUUGAUUUUUUUUUUAGUAAUUUAAAUGACUGACUGAUACAGAUAUUAAACGAGGGCCUAUGUAUUCUGUAUUAAUUUAAUAUUAAAAGCAACAGAUGUUGAUCAACUGAUUGUUAAAUAUAUAAUAAUAGUGAAUUAUUAUUCUAAAAUUGUUUGGAAGUAUUUAAUAUUUUGCCAUAAAUAAAUUCUUAUUUGAAUACAAAUAACUAAGGUUUUUAUGAAGACUUGACGUUUCCACGGACGAAUAAACAUUUCAGACUAAUUUGUAUUGUAAAAUUGUGUUUUUUAUUUUCUCUCCUAAUUAUAUUAAUAUUAACCGUAAUAUGUAAAAAUAUUUGAUUAUAUAUGAGUUUUUAACUUCCUUCAUAAUGCCUUAACCUUACUUUAUAUUAAUCUCAUUUGAUCGUAUUUUUUUCUGUAAAAUCAGAGUGUUGACUCAGAGUAGACCGAUCAAAUUUCAUAGCAGAUCUAUCUUUGGCUAAAAUUUCAUUGAACCACUAUAAAUAGUAUAAAAGUAAUAGAUUAUAAUUUAUGUAAAUGAUUUAAGAUAAUAAAGUAUGAAGCUAU